UGGACUUCCGUUGUCGCGACUUCCAUUAAACGGCUCUGGUCGUACGUAGCAGCGUUGAACGCACCUCUGAUUAAACGGCUCUGGUUGUACGUCGCAGCGUUGAACGCACCUCUCGUAACCAAGGAGAUGACGCUAUUCUCCGUUACCAAGGCAUUCUCACAGCAAACACUAGCUGUGUUAGCUAGGCUAGUCAGGACGGAUAAUCUUUUAGCCAUGCUAUAGCCUCUGCACAACGCCGGGCUCGUCACCGAGGGGAACUUUACAUUCGCUUGAGUUUGUUUGAAUCCUCGACCUCCAACUCGUAGUCUGUUCGCCGCGUGGCCCGAAGAGGCUGGAGAGGCUGAAGCACCUACAGUCCACACGCUAGCUCACCUAGUCAGGUUCACGUUAGCUGCACAGCCGCCAUGGCUGAGUUUGGGUUUAAUGAACACCACCAGAAUGAAGUCAUUAAUUACAUGCGGUUUGCACGUUCGAAGAGGGUCCUGAGGCUCAAGACUAUUGAUUCGUGCUUUGAGGAACUCAAAGAUAGCAGGCUGGUGGAGGAAACCUUCACAGUGGACGAGGUGAGAGAGAUGCUGGACGGGCUGCAGGCGGUGGUGCGAGGGGAGGUGGAGAUGGAGCUCAUCAACACUGCCCACACCAAUGUGCUGCUGCUCCGGCAGCUCUUCUCCCAGGCCGAGAAGUUUUACCUUCGACUGCAGAGUGAUAUCUCAGAGCUGGAGAAUAGAGAACUGUUGGAACAAGUGGCUGAAUUUGAGAAGACUGACUUUAAAUCCACUGACAAGAUCAACCAGGAAACAAGCAAACCUAAGUUAGCACCACUGAUUGAAGGUGGCGUGUCUGAACUUCUCAACAAGGAGAUAGCGAGACUACAGGAGGAAAACAAUAAGCUGAAAGCCAGGCUGCGGACUUUAGAAUCCCAGGCCAUGAGUGCACUGGACGAGAAGACCAAGGCAGAGAGAGCUCUGAAAGACCUUCACAAGGUGCAAGGUGAACAGCAGGUUGCUGCUCAGUUCCAGGAGAUCAACAGUCUGGAGGACACCAUGGUAGCUCUGAAAGAGGACUAUGAAAGGUCUCUUAGUGCCAAGGCUGCCUCCCAGAAGGAUCUGCAGGAGAACCUGAUGUCUGCCAAACACGAGCUGCUUCGAGUGCAGGAACAGCUAGCCUUGGCAGAGAAGGAGUUGGAUAAGAAGUUCCAGCAAACUGCAGCCUACCGCAACAUGAAGGAAAUCCUGACCAAGAAAAAUGAGCAGAUCAAAGAAAUAAGAAAAAGACUGCAGAGAUAUGAGCCCAGUGAAUGAGUUCCAUCCAGGACAGCUGGAUAAACAGAUGUCCAGGGGUGUGUAGGAGAGGACCAACAUUUAUUACUCUGGUUUGACAAGAAAUGAUCAGUUCCAAUACUGUACCAAGAGACACAGAAAAAAGCACUUCUAGGAGUAAUUGUUCAUUUAUGCUUUAUCUGGGAUCUACAGUAGAGUUGGAGCGGGGAGGUUGACAGUACACACUUCUGAAUUUCACCAAUGAAAUAGUAACAAAUGAUAGCCUUCUCCGUAAGAGCUCACUUUCAGACUACCGUCAGUGCUCUAUGCAAUUACUAUCAUGUCCCUGUUUGAAGAGGCCUUGUCCAUUUUCUGAACAGACAGAUACAUACUGUCUCAAAUCAGCUGUCAUAUCUUCUAUCAGAUGGAUAUGGGUAAUAUCUUAAUAUUCAGUAUUUAGUAUUAGGACAGGGUUAUUGUUUAUUGAUUUUAGUGGUCAAAAAACAAUCUAUGAGUAAGGGUUUUAAGCAAAGCCCAAGAUAGUUAGUUUAUUAUUAGUGGAGAGCUUCAAAGUCAUGCUUCUUGACCUUCUGAGAGCAUACUCGCUUUCCCUUUUUUUUUUUUACAAAACAUUUACUAGCAUAUUUCCAAUGACCUGACAUUCUGUGAAAGUGUGAUCAUUGAAAAUAUGCUGACUUUCUUGCAUUUAUUUUUCUCUGCUGUUGCAUAUUGAAUGACAUGGAUAGUGACCUAGAUUGAUUUCCCUACUUUGCUAAACAAAGGGCAUAGAAUAUUUUGUCUGGAAACUUUAACCUGUACUUUUCGUAUUGCUGUGGGAGAUGGAGUGUAAGUUAAAAAAAAUGAAAUAUAUACAUGAUGUUCAUGAAGUAAUGCUCUUGUAGAGUAUGAUACAUCAACCCUAUAUCACAGUAGAUGUGCAUUUGUUUGUAUUGUGCAAAGUAUAGGGUAAUAAAAGCUGUUACCAAAAAAA